UUGUUCGCCGACGCGCCCAAGAUCACCCCGGGUGUCGCGACUAUCAACAACAACAUUAUCCUGACACUCCGUGGCGUGGCCAGCGCAUCUGGCCAAGCGUACUUCACUCUUCCCAAGUCGCCGCUGUACGCGGUCUGCGGCACGAGCUACGGUGGCGAAUCGACCGUUGAGACCCAGGUUGAGGUCCUGGAUAUUCGUCCAGUUGAGGUUGGGCACAAGGCAGAUGAUCAAACCCUCGUCAUGGGAACUACGCUCGACCUAGUGAUUAAGAGAGGCACCCCGAACUUUGCCAACAGACCCGACAUUCCGCCAUCGGGCAAUGAGGGCUGUUUCUGUAUCCGCACUAGCAGAGACUUCAUCGUUGGCAUUUCUUUGUUCAAGAAGCUGUCACGCUAUUUUGGCCCCUUUGCCACGUUCAGGCCUGCCCCCGGAGCUGAGUAUCAGGUACAGCCUCUGAACCGAUUUUAUCUCGCUGUCGGUGACUACGACGUACGAUCGCCUACUUUGAGUGGUCUUGAGAAACGGAACUGUCUGAUAGACUUUGAUGUUCUAGAGCUGGAUAACGUACAGGUUCACCAUACAGAGACAGGACGUCUUACUGUCAAGUCGGACUUCAACGAAGACUGA